AGGCGCAGGGCGCCGGUGGGAGAAGGAAGGGGUGUAUGUCCCUGUUUGCGACGCCUGCCUUUUGUGCGUCGUUUUGUUUUCUACAGGGAUUUUUCACCCCGGUUGUAACACCCUGUCUCUUCCCCGGUGUAGCCCUCCUGCCUGCCCUCGCCUGGAAGCGGUUAUUCACAUUGGAUUUACCCCCGAAGAGCUGUCUAUAGAUCCGUUCCAUUUAGCAGGUUGACUUCUAUAUUGGAGGAAAAUGCCUGCCGGUGACUUCUCCAUCCUGUGUCUAAGCCCUCUAGGGUCCCACCAGUUACGCCGUUCACCUUCUGGCGUUCUCAGACCCUGCCUCACUCAAACUCCUCGCCCCCCGGAUCCUCGGAAGAAAGGGGUGGUUUUCGCUGAUGCCCUUGGCUUGGCGUUGACCUCCAUUUGCCACUUCUCGCCAUCGCUUCUUGAGGAAGACCAUUUGGGGCUCGCGUUGGCCUCCCUCCGAGCCCUUCGCACCCUCUCCAGCACGGCUUAUACCUUGGAUUUCCGGCCACCGAGCCAGGACUAUGCCGACUUCCGUUCUAGACUCGCGCAGCAGCAGGUGUGCCUGGAGCAAUGCGCGGUGCAAGGAGCGGCGGUGGUGGGUACGGUGCGGGUGCGCAACCUCGGAUACGAGAAACGCGUGACUUUGAGGGUCAGCUAUGACAAAUGGAACAGUCACUUUGACCUGCCCUGCUCUUACCUGCAUGACCCGCACGGCGGGGCAACAACUGACUCCUUCUCCUUCAGGCUGCCAUUGCCUCUGGGCACCGAGCAGGCAGAGUUCUGCCUUUGCUUCUGGUGCCAGGGUCAAGAGUUCUGGGACAACAACCACGGGACAAACUACGCCUUGCACAAAGCGGCAGAAGGCAGCGGGUACAUGCAGAGAACUAUGUGGUGAGGGGGCUUCGGCGAAGGUCAUUUGAAGUGUUCAACGUCUGCAAUAAGAAAAGAUGCUCUUAUAAAGGGGGAUAAUGUUGUGGACCGACAUUACUGGCAAAAAUCCUCUUUAAUGUGAAUUUCAACAAACUUCUGGGGUUGGUGGUGGCACCUGGGGAGCAGAUGGUCUGAGAAGGCCUUGGGUCACCAAAACAAUAGAGAUUGCUGGACAUGCUCCUUUUUAAAAAGUAAUUUGUUUGUGUGCCCCCCCCCCCCGUCAGCUUCUACGAUCUAUUGUGGGGGGAACAGAUAAGCUGUAGAAGAUGCCGCACCACCGCCAGACUGCUCCAAAUCGGGGAGUUGUGUGGCACGGCUAACAUUUAAAACAAAAAAUUUAAAGAAACGUAAACUACACUUCAUUGUCUUGUAAACUAUGGGCAGAAUUGGCGAUUGAAGUGUCCGUGUAACCAUGGGAAGGGCCGUUCAAGUGCUUUUUUUCCCGAUGAGAUCAUGUUGGAUCGGGCAUGUUUGUUUUUUUAACUUUGCAUUACAGAUCAAAUAAACGUUUUUAUCCAAUUCAAUGUA